GGGAGGACGCGGCCCGAUGUAGGGGCGGAGCCAAGGAGCCGGGCGCGCGGCCGGUGCGGCGGGCGGACGGAGGUCAGCAGCCACCAGAGAGGGACCCAGGCGUCCCGGAGGCGGUGCCAGGUGCCGCGCCCCCGCCUCGCGCCCGCCGCCGGCCCCCGCCUCCGGGCCGCCCCCCGCCCGUGACGCGCUCCCCGCCCCAUCCUCGCCGGGAGCCCGAGCCGGAGCCGGAGGACGGCUAGGGGCGCGGGCGGAGGAAAAGGCGGCGGAGGAGGGAGGAGGAUGCGGCCGGCGCCGCGGGGCUGCCGCCGUCGCCUCUGAGCCGCGCAGAGCGCACGGAGCGCAGCAGCGUCGCUGCGGCCCCGGCCGCGCCAUGGGGAAGGAGCAGGAGCUGGUGCAGGCUGUGAAGGCGGAGGACGUGGGGACCGCGCAGCGGCUGCUGCAGAGGCCGCGGCCGGGGAAAGCCAAGCUCCUGGGCUCCACCAAGAAGAUCAAUGUCAACUUUCAGGACCCGGAUGGCUUCUCUGCCCUGCACCACGCGGCCCUGAAUGGCAACACGGAAUUGAUCACCCUGCUGCUGGAGGCCCAAGCUGCCGUAGACAUCAAGGACAACAAAGGCAUGCGGCCACUGCACUAUGCGGCCUGGCAGGGCCGGAAGGAGCCCAUGAAGCUGGUGCUAAAGGCAGGCUCAGCGGUGAACAUCCCAUCAGAUGAGGGCCACAUCCCCCUCCACCUAGCGGCCCAGCACGGUCACUAUGAUGUGUCCGAGAUGCUGCUGCAGCACCAAUCGAACCCGUGCAUGGUGGACAGCGCCGGGAAGACGCCUCUGGACCUGGCCUGUGAGUUCGGCCGUGUUGGGGUGGUCCAGCUGCUCCUGAGCAGCAACAUGUGCACAGCCUUGCUGGAGCCCCGGCCGGGGGACACCACCGACCCCAAUGGAACCAGCCCCUUGCACCUGGCAGCCAAGAACGGCCACAUUGACAUCAUCAGACUCCUGCUCCAAGCUGGCAUUGACAUUAACCGCCAGACCAAGUCCGGCACCGCCCUGCACGAGGCUGCGCUCUGUGGGAAGACAGAAGUGGUUCGGCUGCUGCUGGACAACGGGAUCAAUGCCCACGUGAGGAACACGUACAGCCAGACGGCCCUGGACAUCGUGCACCAGUUCACCACGUCACAGGCCAGCAAGGAGAUCAAGCAGCUGCUGCGAGAGGCCUCGGCGGCUCUGCAGGUCCGGGCGACCCAAGAUUAUUGCAACAACUAUGACCUGACCAGCCUCAACGUGAAAGCCGGGGAUAUCAUCACAGUCCUUGAGCAGCAUCCAGAUGGCCGAUGGAAGGGAUGUAUCCAUGACAACCGGACAGGCAAUGACCGGGUGGGCUACUUCCCAUCCUCCCUGGGCGAGGCCAUCGUCAAGCGAGCAGGUUCCCGAGCAGGUGCUGAGCAAAGCUCACCUCAGGGAGGCAGCUUGCCGGGACCCUCUGCACCCCCUGAGGAGAUCUGGGUGCUGAGGAAGCCUUUUGCAGGUGGAGACCGCAGUGGCAGCUUGAGCAGUGUGGCUGUCGGCCGGAGCAGCGGAGCCCAUACCCUGCACGCAGGCUCUGAAGGAGUCAAGCUCCUGGCAACCGUGCUCUCCCAGAAGUCCAUCUCCGAGUCUAGCCCCGGGGACAGCCCCGUCAAGCCUCUGGAGGGCUCAGCAGGGGCGGCCAGGUCCCAGCCUCCAGUGGCCCAUGCUGGGCAGGUCUAUGCGGAACUGCCGUCCAAGAAGCUGGAGCCGGCAUCGGAGGGCAAGAGCGCUGAGGCUGUGAGCCAGUGGCUCGCCACGUUCCAGCUGCAGCUGUACGCCCCCAACUUCCUCAGUGCUGGCUACGACCUGCCCACCAUCAGCCGCAUGACCCCUGAGGACCUCACGGCCAUUGGGGUCACCAAACCAGGCCACCGGAAGAAGAUCACGGCAGAAAUCAGCAGCCUCAGCAUCCCCGACUGGCUGCCUGAGCACAAACCCGCUAACCUGGCUGUGUGGCUGUCCAUGAUCGGCCUGGCCCAGUACUACAAGGUGCUGGUGGACAAUGGCUAUGAGAACAUCGACUUUAUCACCGACAUCACCUGGGAGGACCUGCAGGAGAUUGGGAUCACCAAGCUGGGACACCAGAAGAAGCUGAUGCUGGCAGUGAGGAAACUGGCAGAGCUGCAGAAGGCCGAGUACGCUAAGUAUGAAGGGGGACCUCUGCGCCAGAAGGCGCCGCAGUCUCUUGAAGUGAUGGCCAUUGAGUCGCCGCCCCCUCCUGAGCCUGCCCCAGCUGAGUGCCAGUCUCCAAAGAUGACCACCUUCCAGGACAGCGAGCUCAGUGGUGAGCUGCAGGCUGCCAUGACUGGCCCGGCAGAGGGGGCUGCCACCCCCGCCGCUGCCGAGAAGCCCUCCAAUCACCUGCCACCCACCUCAAGGGCCUCUGUGCAUCAGGAGCCCAGUCUGGGUGGGCGGGCACGGCAUAUGAGCAGCUCUCAGGAGCUGCUGGGUGAUGGGUUCCCGGGGCCUGGCAGCCCUAUGUCACGAAGCCAGGAGUACCUCCUGGAUGAGGGACCAGCCCCUGGUACUCUGCCCAAGGAGGCUCGGCCCGGCCGCCACGGCCACAGCAUCAAGCGGGCCAGUGUGCCUCCGGUGCCCGGCAAGCCACGGCAGGUCCUUCCACCAGGCCCCAGCCCCUUCACGCCCCCCCAGACUCCCACGAAAGCUCGGCCAGGUUCCCCCCAGGCCCUGGGGGUGCCUCAUGGUCCAGCCCCAGCCACAGCCAAGGUGAAGCCCACCCCACAGCUGCUGCCACCUAUGGAGCGACCCAUGUCGCCCCGCUCCCUGCCUCAGUCACCCACACACCGGGGCUUUGCCUAUGUGCUGCCCCAGCCCGUGGAGGGCGAGGCAGGGCCAGCUGCUCCUGGGCCUGCCCCCGCCCCCGCCCCCGCCCCCGCCCCUGCCCCUGUGCCCGUGCUGUGUCUGCCCCCCGAGGCCGAUAUGGAGCCAGGGCGGCCUAAGAAGCGCGCCCACAGCCUGAAUCGCUAUACAGCGUCUGACAGCGAGCAAGAGCGGGAUGAGCUGCUGGUGCCGGCGGCUGCCGGGCCCUAUGCCACAGUCCAGCGGCGUGUAGGUCGCAGCCACUCAGUGCGGGCACCUGCUGGUGCCGACAAGAACGUCAAUCGCAGCCAGUCCUUUGCUGUGCGGCCCCGGAAAAAGGGGCCCCCCCCACCUCCGCCUAAGCGCUCCAGCUCAGCCAUGGUCAGCGCCAACCUGGCUGAUGAGUCAGCACCUGAUGCUGAGACCAAAGGAGCUGGGACUGAGGAGGGCCAGCUGGGGGUCCGGGCACAACGCCGGCGGGCUAGUGACCUGGCUGGCAGCGUGGACACGGGCAGUGCUGGCAGUGUGAAGAGCAUCGCAGCCAUGCUCGAGCUGUCAUCCAUUGGGGGUGGGGGCCGGGCAGCCCGCAGGCCCCCUGAGGGCCACCCCACGCCUCGCCCUGACAGCCCGGAGCCAGGCAGGGUGGCAACAGUGCUGGCCUCCGUGAAGCACAAGGAGGCCAUCGGGCCUGAUGGAGAGGUGGUGAACCGGCGCCGCACGCUCAGCGGGCCUGUCACAGGACUUCUGGCCACUGCCCGCCGAGGGCCUGGGGAACCGGCAGGGCCUGCAGAUCGUGGCCACCUUGUAGAGGAUGGCACUGCCCGGCAGAGGCCUCGAGGUCCAGCCAAGGGAGAGGCAGGUGGGGAGGGUCCUCCCUUGGCCCGGGUGGAGGCCAGCGCCACGCUGAAGAGGCGCAUCCGAGCCAAGCAGAGCCAGCAGGAGAACGUCAAGUUCAUCUUGACUGAGUCCGACACGGUCAAGCGGCGGCCCAAGGCCAAGGAACGGGAGGCAGGUCCGGAGCCACCGCCCUCACUGUCCGUGUACCAGAACGGCACAGGCACUGUGCGCCGUAGACGGGGCUCUGAGCACGCUGGACCCCUGGAGCUGCCCCCGCCACCCGCACCCACCGAGCCCCUGCCCUCUGACCUGAUGCACUUGCCCCCGCUGCCCCCACCAGACAGUGAUGCCCGGAAGCCAGCCAAGCCGCCUGUCUCUCCCAAGCCUGUCCUGGCUCAGCCGGUACCCAAGAUCCAGGGGUCACCCACACCCGCCUCCAAGAAGGUGCCGCUGCCAGGUCCCAGCAGCCCAGAGGUGAAGACACAUGGCACACCGCCGCCCGUGUCUCCCAAGCCGCCGCCGCCGCCCACGGCGCCCAAGCCGGUCAAGGCCGCGGCGGGGCUGCAGUCAGGCAGCGCCAACCCGUCGCCCACGCCCUCGCCGGCGCGCCAGCCGCCCGCCGCCCUCGCCAAGCCAGCCAGCACGCCGCCCUCGCUGAGCGCCAGCCCCGCCAAGCCCCCGUCUCCGAGCGCGCCCGCGCUGCACGUGCCCGCCAAGCCGCCGCGCGCCGCUGCGGUCGCGGCCGCUGCCGCCGCGGCCUCCGGGCCCCCUGCUGCACCCGAGGGCACCUCGCUGGGGGACAGCGCCCAGCAGAAGCUGGAGGAGACGAGUGCGUGCUUGGCGGCAGCGCUGCAGGCAGUAGAAGAAAAGAUCCGGCAGGAGGAUGCUCAGGGCCAGCGCCCCUCUGCCUCGGAGAAGAGCACGGGCAGCAUCCUGGACGACAUCGGCAGCAUGUUUGAUGACCUGGCGGACCAACUGGACGCCAUGCUGGAAUGAUGUGGCACACGUUGGGCCCACCUAUGCUGCCUGGGCUCUAGCUGCACACUGACCUUUACCUCAGGAUGGGCACUUCUGGGUGCAGCGCAAGUGGGCAUGGUGGGCGGCCGAGGGGGACGGGGUGCAGGGGACAGCCUGCCAGGGCCGCGAGGCGGGGGCGGGUCGUGCUGCCCUGUCCCUGCACAAGCACAACUCCUGCCCCCCUGGGCCCAGGCAAGAUGCCGAGCGCGGAAGACUGCCUGGCCUAGGGGCCCAAGGGCUCUGGACAGACGCUGCUGCUCUGUGGGUGCCUGUCCCUGUCUGCUGCUCCCUGUGCAAUAACUGCUGGGCUACCCGCCCACCCGCCACCGGGCUCUGCCCAGUGUGUAGAGAAGGGGCAGCCCCUGGCACACCUGCCCUGAAUCCACGUUGGGCCCACCUUGGGAGGUAGUGGGAGGGGGGGCAGCCACUGUAGCCCCCUCCCCAAUCAGUGGCAGAGCACAGGCCUAUGCCCAGCACAGAACUGCCCACUGGGGACCUCUGCCAGCUGCUCUGGCACAGCACAAGGGGCUGGGGUCAGGACCCCUGCCCUACUCUACCCCACAGAAUAUAAGCUAUUGAGAGUAUUAAUUUAUUGGGAAUAAGCUGAGGCAGAUUUCCCUAGAGAAACAAAAAGGUAUAACUUUAACGAAUAUAUAUUUAAAGAAAGAAAAAAUAUUAUUGAUUCUAUAGAAAACCAUUUACCAACUGCAAGGACACUGGAGUCUAGCUCGAGACAAAAGCUGUUCCAGGCUCUGGCCACUGUCUGUCCUUUCCCUCUAUCCAGGAGUGGCCAGACCCCUGGGCCAGUAGCGCACACAGUAGGCUGGGGUCUGUGCUCCACCAGGGCCUCCCUCUGCGCUCUCUUAACUUCUCUGUGUCUGAAGAACUCGAAGGAUGUGCCUUGCUGCUGGGCUGUGUCCUCCAUGCCCUGGAGAUGGCGGGGAGGGCUCCCUCCUCUCUGGGGGAUGCUGCUGUGAAGGUCUGCCUGGGUUUGGGGGAAGCUAUGUGCACAGCGUGAAGUGGAGGUCAGCCGGAUGACAGCAGUGGGUGCAGGGCGUGCAUGCCAGGCUGUGUGUGGCGCGUGUGAAGGUGUGCCUGACUCUCCCUCCCCAGGCUCCGAGCAGGCAGCCAGCCCACCCCCAUCUGAAUUCCCACGGAUGCUUCUGCUCGUGGUCCAAGGCUGUGUCGUGUGGUUGUUCUCGCCUCUCUCUCCUCGCCCCCUCCAAAAAAGUACUGACCAGCCUCCUCUAUUGUGUUUGCUGACCCACGUGUGUUGGACACAACUUUGACAUUUCUUAAAAAAAAAAUUAAAAAUGCCAAAAACCAGCAAUUGUGAUGCAGGUGGGCGGAGGGGAUCAGCCAAGGUGGCAUCUAGGAAUGUGAGGCCCCUUUCAGCUGUCAUGUGGUGGCGCUUCCCCUAGUGGAUUUACCUGGUCGUCCACCUGACCUCUCCUUAGCGGGUGGCCAAGGCUGGGGCUCCGGCAGGUCGGGAGGGGGGGUCUGGGCAGGGCAGUACUCUUGGCUGUCAAUAAACAGCAGAAAACGGCCUGGCUCACUGGUGGUGUGUGUUGGGAGAAUGGUGGUGGUAGUGGUGGUGGUG